UCGCCUCGCUGCCCGGCACCGACCUGCCCAGCCUGGCCCAGGUCUGCACCAAGUUCCGGCGCAUUCUCCACACUGACACCAUCUGGAGGCGGCGCUGCCGGGAGGUGCCUGCUGGGAACACCCUGGAUCCCUAAAGACAAAUGAGUUGAUUAAUGAAGGUUUUAAGAUGGCUCCAGUUUCAAACCCUCCAAUGUGGCUGAGGCCUGAACAAAAGGGCCAGAGAUUCCGAUUGGGAAGUGAUGGCGGUGGUGAUCUUGAAAAGGGAAGCCGGGAGUAUGGUGUUUGUGAAAACUUGCGGAAGCUGGAGAUCACGGGUGUGUCCUGUCGUGACGUCUAUGCCAAGCUGCUUCACCGAUACCGACACAUCUUGGGGCUCUGGCAGCCGGACAUCGGGCCGUAUGGGGGGCUGCUGAACGUGGUGGUGGACGGCUUGUUCAUUAUUGGUUGGAUGUACCUGCCUCCUCAUGACCCUCAUGUUGACGACCCAAUGAGAUUCAAACCUCUAUUCAGAAUUCAUCUGAUGGAGAGAAAGUCCGCCACAGUCGAGUGUAUGUAUGGCCACAAGGGGCCCCAUCACGGCCACAUCCAGAUUGUGAAGAAGGAUGAGUUCUCCACCAAAUGCAACCAGACGGAUCACCACCGGAUGUCAGGUGGCAGGCAAGAGGAGUUCCGGACAUGGCUGCGAGAGGAGUGGGGACGGACACUGGAGGACAUCUUCCAUGAGCACAUGCAGGAGCUGAUCCUGAUGAAGUUCAUCUACACCAGCCAGUAUGACAACUGUCUGACUUACCGCCGGAUCUACCUCCCGCCCAGCCACCCUGACGACCUCAUCAAGCCGGGCCUCUUCAAGGGCACCUAUGGCAGCCAUGGCCUGGAGAUCGUCAUGCUCAGCUUCCACGGGAGGCGGGCCCGGGGCACGAAGAUCACUGGUGACCCCAACAUCCCAGCCGGGCAGCAGACGGUGGAGGUGGACCUCAGGCACCGCAUCCAGCUGCCUGAGGCUGAGAACCUGCACAACUUCAAUGAGCUUUCCCGGGUGGUGCUGGAGGUGCGAGAGCAGGUGCGGCAGGAGCAGCAGCGGCAGCAGGAGGGCGCACAGGAGGACAGCCAGGACCCUGCCCCGCCUGCGGGGGAGCCACCAGCUAAGGAGGCUGCUGCGGGGCCUGCCGAGGGACCUGCUGAAGGCCACCAGGAACCUGAGGGCGGCAGCGGGGCAGCGGCCCAGCAGCCCACCGAGUCAGGGCAGCCGUUUGUGCUGCCCGUGGGCGUGAGCUCACGAAACGAGGACUACCCCCGCACCUGUAGGAUGUGCUUCUACGGCACAGGACUCAUCGCGGGCCACGGCUUCACCAGCCCUGAGCGCACCCCAGGCGUCUUCAUCCUCUUUGAUGAUGACCGCUUUGGCUUCAUUUGGCUGGAGCUCAAGUCCUUCAGCCUGUACAGCCGGGUCAAGGCCACCUUCCAGAAUGCGGACGCGCCCUCCCCACAGGCCUUCGACGAGAUGCUCAAGAACAUCCAGUCCCUCACCUCCUGACGCGGCUUGCUGCUUGAGGUGGCCAUGGGCGCCGGGCCCAGCUGGGGCGAGAGCAUGCGCUAUAGGAGCCCGGCCACCCCCACGCUGUAGAGCCUGUACCAUACGCCUGUACAUUUGUUAGUAGCCGCGGCAGGAGAAGCUGAGCAUGUCUUACAAAGAAAAGCAAAG